AUGACAAUCUCCGACGCCACGAGCGAUUCGACCGGAUCCAGAGAGUACGCCAAGCUGCUGUCUCGCAGAGACGAGCUCCUGAAGCAGGAAACCUCGCUGAAACGCGAAUACACCACACUGCUGCGUAAAAUGGCCAGCGUGAUGGCCGUGUUGCAGACAAUUGACAACGACAACAUUUCUUCUGUCAGUAUCAGCGAGGAAAGCGUCACAAAAGUUCCCGGGCUCGCAGAAUACGCAGAACUCAUUGCAGAGAUCGACGCAACGGAUUUCAGCGAUGUGGAAAUCCCAGACUUUCUGCAAGAUUCGUACCAACUCUUCAAAAAUGCUGCGCUCCUGUACAAGGACGCGUGA